CGCCAGUUUGCCAUAACGGACUCGUCGACGCGGACGUCAGACGCGAGAAGGCGCCGAGAAAUGCGAGAAAUAUUCGUGAGCAUUGUUCAAUCUAAUUAAAUAAAAGAAAAACCAGAAAAUGUUUUAAUAAUUAUAAUCAGUUCGUGUCAAAAGGGUAAAUAUAUAAGAGACUUCGCUUUAUUAUUUGUAAUAUCGAACGAGGUGAAAUUAAUGUGAUUUUAGAAAUUCUUGUGAUCAGUUGAGUUGUUUGGAAAUAAAAAUGAAUAUUUCCACAGUGUUUUUGGUUUGGGGUAUUUCUGGCUUGAAAGUGUGGUUUCAUAAAUAAACAAAAAAGUAUUUUUGUUUUAACUAACCAAAAAUAAUUCUGCUGCUCCAGAGACCAUAAACAUCGUCGUUGAGCAGUCCUAUAUCCGUCUCACAACACGACCCAGCCAACGAUAGCGAGUGAGGGUUUAGACAGUUUAUUUUGGGAUUGGUCUAUAACUUUUAAUAAUUAACAUGGUAGAAUCGGUGAAAAUUAACAGACUCCGUGUGCCUGAAAUAGUGAAGCAUGGCAACCAAGCAAUCCUGGACUGUGACUUUACAAUGGACGCUAGUGAAAACGACUUAGUCCUUAAAUGGUAUUUUAAUAAGUCUCUUGUCUACCAGUGGAUACCAGGCACGAAGAAACGACCCCAGAGCCUCGGUGUGUUGAAAGACAGGGUGAAUCUGGAAUAUCAGGCUAGUGUUGACGCGAAUAGCAUCCAUAGGGCACUGCAUAUAUUAAGUAUAGGGCCGGACCUAUCUGGAAAUUUUACUUGUUCAGUUUCCACCCUAGAAAGUGAGGAUGAAAAGACCAAAAGUAUGCUUGUACUGGUUUCAGAGAAAUACUUCGAGUUGAAACGUCUAAAGGCCGACGAGGGAUACAUAAGAGUACAAUGCCGUGCAGAUGGAAUAUUCCCCAAGCCGGUCAUGAGUCUACAUUCUCAACAAAGGCCUAUACCGGAGGCUGACGUGAUGGCCAGACAAUUAGGAUAUCUCUAUGAAGUCUCCGCACAGGUGACUCUGCCCGAGCUAGAAAGAGCGGAGGAGUUCUCUUGUAAGCUUCAUAUUCCCCAGGCGAAUUAUACAACGCGUAGGGAAACCGUCUUUUAUCCAGGGGCAUCAAACGCCAUCACUUCGAGUAAAUGGCUGAUUCUUACUAUAAGCAGUUAUGUGGUACUACAAUAUAUAGGUCUAGGAUAAUUACGAAAAUAGGACACUUAAUUGCAAACGGUUUUUAAUUAAAUACGUUAGGUUUAUCUUAAAUACCCUACCAAGUCAGUUCAAUGUUAAAUGUGCAAAAUGAAUGUAAAUUAUGUAUUUUUAUGGGUCCAUUCAGUAAAAAAACUAAAUGUUUGUAAAAGCUUUUAUUACCCCCAGUAGACACUUUUUCCAUUAUUAUUUUCAAAGACUUGUCUAUUCAGUUAGUAUUUUCACAUUGUAUAAAUGGACUUUUCGAAUGACCAGUUGUGUUUUGUUUCGGAUCUUACAUAGAUUCUAAUUAGACAAAUUAUAUACGUAAAAAAUUAGUCUUUGGAGCACUGACUGAGAGCAAAAAAUGACAUACUACAUGUAAAUAAAAGAAAAUAAUUUUUAUAUUUAUGUUAAAUUUUACGUUCAUAUUAUGUGGCAAAAGUGAAUUUUGCUUA